AAUCGGAGGACGCAAGCGCACGAGAGAUGUUGCCAAUUCACAUUCUGCGUGCAUCACAUGGAAUUCCUCCAGUUGCACCAACUCAAAUAGCGCAGCCAAUCUUCCUCCUCCCAAACAAAGGCUCUCUCCUCCUCUCCACCACGGGCCAACAAGCGUAUCGUCUCUGAGUCUCUCGUCUCAUGCCCUGGCCAACAUGAGCACGUACAUAUCUCUCUCCUUAGAGCGCAGCAGCAGCGUGGUCCGCGACGCCGCCAAGUCCGCGCCUCCGGGCAGUGGUGUCAGUGCCCCGUAUCCACGCGCGGGCGCGGGCGCGGGCACGUCGCUUUCCCUGUCCGGCGCAGCGGCGGCGCACGGGCACGGCCAGUACCUCCCCCUCAACGAGGACGACUCCCUGGACAUGGUCCUCUUCGACGUGCUCCGCGAGGCAUCCGGCUCCGCACCCGGCGCCACCUACCAGCCGCCCUCGUCGUCGUUGCCUACGCUGAAGGCGCUCGCUUCCGGCGCCUCGCGCAAGGGCGGUGGCAACAACGGCAACGGCAGUAGGGCCGCGCACGCACCCAAGGCGGCCACGGGGCGGCACUACCGCGGGGUGAGGCGGCGGCCGUGGGGCAAGUACGCCGCAGAGAUCCGUGACCCGGCGCGGCACGGGGCGCGGCUCUGGCUCGGCACCUUCGCCACGGCCGAGGAGGCCGCCGCGGCGUACGACCGCGCCGCGUUCGGCAUGCGGGGCGCCAAGGCGCUGCUCAACUUCCCGCCGCCGGCCGCGGGCUGCGGGAACGCCGCAACCGCCACGGCGAAGCAGGCUGCUGGAAGCCAAGUGAACAACGGCGAAUGCGAUCUCCUCGAAGAAAAUGGGUCAUCGCAUGAUAGUGAAUGUUUCUAAGCAUUGUCCAGUCCGUUGAUUGACCAGAGUGGUAUGUGGUAGCGAUCCCUCUUCUCGUUGUAAGGACAUGCCGUGAGCUGUGAUGGGUUCAAAUUGGGGGGAUGAUGAUAGCCAUAAAACUCCAAUGUUUCUUUUUUGUGCGUGUGUGUGUUUCCUUCAAAAUCUGGUUUGGGAGCGAACGUGCACGAUCCUAUUUGGAUGCUUGUUUAAUCAUGAAUAUAUACAAAAAAAAAGGUCAAGAUGAAAACAUGAUUUUGUUCGCUGCA